AUGUCAAUGACAGGUGGACUCAUCUCGUCCAACUCUGUGUCGCCGCUGAGAGAGCCAGUGCCGCGGCGGAGUGCUGAGCAGAGAGAGCACGGGGCCGGCAUCCCUGUGGCCACGUCUCGGACCACUGACCCGGGCCUCUCCAGCGGUGCCUCGGGCAGCUCCAGCGAAUCAGAGAGCAGCUCCGAGUCAGACUCAGAUAGUGAGAGCAGCUCCAGUGACAGCGAGUGUAACGGGGCCUCCCGGACCGCCACCCCAGAGCCUGAACCUCCAUCAACAAACAAAUGGCAGCUGGAUAAAUGGCUGAACAAAGUGACCCCACACAACAAAGCACUUAUCAAUACCCAGCCAGAGAGAGAGAGCCAUGGACUCAGCAGCUCCCAGCCUGACCACAGCCAACAGGCCCCAGAGGGCCAGGGCCCGGCCCCAGGGAAGAGCAAGCCUGGCCCCACCGCCCUGCUGGCCCCGACCGACCCCAAGGAACGGGCCCUCCUCAGCCCCAUCAGAGAGAAGGCCAAGCCUAAGACUGGACCAAAAGUCUCAGAGGGAAAGGGUUCAAAGGUCAAAUCCCCAGCCGUGGUGGCGGUGGAGCCAGCCCCAGCCAGGCGCAGCUUGGGGAAGAAACAGCCGAAGAAAGUGGAGCGCUCGUCCAGCCUGGAGGAACACACCUCCUGGUCCAAGCCCAUCAACCCCAUCAUCAGCACUACCCCCAAGGAGAAGGACCCUCCAUCCCUCCUGGAGCAGCCCAAGUCCAGGACCAAGAGCACCAGUGGGAAGACUGCCCCUAGGAAGGAGCCUCGCACCACCACUACCACUACAAUUACUCCAGCUCCUCUUCCCCUGGCCCCAGUCCUGGAAAAGAAGAAGCACAGGGGGCCCAGCAAGAUCAUCCCCAAGUCCAAGGAGUUCAUCGAGACGGAGUCUUCGUCAUCUGAGUGCCACUCUGAACCAGAGGAGCUGGUCAAGAUCCAUAACCCUCCCUGUCCAGGACCCAGCAGUCUGCAGACUCUCAAAGCAGCCAAGGACUGCAACAGCAAUAUCCUGACUGUCAGUAGCCUUACCAGCACCUGCAGCUCUUCCAUAUCCAUCCCAGACCCUGGGGCCAUGGACCUCCUAGGGGACCCCCUCUUCUCCUCCGUCCCCAUCGUCCAGAACAAACUGCUGUCCCCUCUCAGGGACUUUGAGGACAUCAAGUCACUGUGGGUGAAGAUCGAGCUGAGCUUCCUGUCUAAGAUUCCAGGGCAGGACCCCCCUGAGCCCCCUUCUGUGAAAGUUGAGCCCCGGGAACCACGUGAACCCAGCAUUAAGCACAGACGACAGUCCCCCGCCAGUCUUCAGUCUACCCCUGUUGAGAAACCACCUAGCAAGGCCAAGAGGAAACACAAGAUGGACCAUUGUGACGCUGUCGGCGGAAGCAAGAAGCUACGGUUGGAGAAAGACUCCUUGCUUCUUCCCCCAUGCAUCUCACCGAUACACAACCACAAGAACAUUAGCACAAACGACUCUCUGAGGAAACAGCCCAGGAAGAGAGAGGAGAAGCGAGAGCUGCUGCCUCCCCUGCUUUCUCCGCUCUCCGACGAACCCCCUAUACGCCAGCGCAGGACCAGCGAGUGUUCCUCCUUCAGCCAGGAGGGCGGUGCUAGCAGCGCCACCAGCACCUUAUUGCUACCCACCCUCAGCUGCUCUCUGCCCAACUUCUCCUCCUCAUCCUCCUCUUCCUCACACAAGCACCGCAGCAAAGGAGAGAGCAAAUCCUUCUCACGUUCCAAGACAAGCAGUGAGGAAGAUACCCAUAGCAAGCCGUCUGGCAGUUUCCAUGGCAACGGUCACUCCGAUUCUGACGUUUGGUCCAACCCGUCAUCUCUGUCCAUGGACCACAUGGAGCCUAGAAGGCCCAAGCUAACGUUCAAUAACACAGUUCACAACGCAGACUACUGCAUGCAAGAAGCCAAGAAACUAAAGCACAAAGCAGAUGCACUGAUGGAGAAGUUUGGCAAAGCCAUUAACUAUACUGAUGGGGCGCUGUCGUUCAUCGAGUGUGGCAACGCCAUGGAGCGGGAUCCGCUAGAGGCCAAGUCUCCAUACACUAUGUACUCUGAGACGGUUGAACUCAUCAGGUAUGCCAUGAGGUUAAAGAACUUUACAAGUCACUCAGCAACUGUAGCCGAGAAGAAAUUAGCUGUGUUGUGCAAUCGCUGUUUAUCCCUCCUGUACUUGAGAAUGUUCAAAUUGAAGAAGGACCAUGCAGUAAAGUAUUCCCGUUCCCUAAUGGAGUAUUUCAAGAAAAGUUCCCAAGCACCUUCGCCAUGGGGAGCCAAUGGAAAGAGCACAGGCACCCCGUCGCCCUUGUCUCUGAGUCCCUCCCCAGUCAGUUCGGUGAGCAGCAGUACGGGCCCUGGCCUUGCGGGCUCCUGUCCCUCCGGUGCCUCCAGCAACGUGGCCAUCCCCCAGCGCAUCCAUCAUAUGGCCGCUAGCCACGUCAACAUCACCAACAACAUCCUCCGCAGCUACGAGCACUGGGACACGGCAGAGAAGCUCGCCACAGAGAGCCAAGAGUUCUUUCAGGAGCUGGACUCGACGAUGGAACCGUUGAGCCAACACAGCAGCAUGACAGAACUGGUGCGCUACAUACGCCAAGGACUGCACUGGCUACGGAUAGAGGCCCACAUGUUAUAG